CUACAACAAGCAGGAAAAUGGGAAAUAAGUGCGGACAUACAUGCAAUUAUGGAAAACGUGCGAUGGAAUUAAACCCACUGCAGAAUCAGAAUGAAGUUUUUGCGAUGCAAAGAGCAACUACCCUCUGUUUUGCAAUUUUGGCUGUCAAAAUGUGUAUGAGCAAGCGGUUCAACAAAGCUCCUCAGAGUCCCGAAGAAAUGAAACUGAAAAGCCUUUGGAUUGAGGGAGUCGAUAAAAUCAAAGAUACCAGCGGAAUUCCCAAAGGUUUUAACCCAUCCAAGGAAACAGAUGUCAUCGUACAUGGAUACCUUGUCAACAGCUAUCUACCGCUCUUGCAAACCUUAGCUCAACGACUAAAAAAAAAAAACCACAAUGUUUUGUUGAUUGACUGGGAGCUUGGUGCUCAUAGGAACUACGCUCAGGCCGCUGCUAACACUCAAACUGUCGGGGCUUUUGUAUACCAAGUUCUGAAAAAAAACAAAAUUCCAUGGAAAAAAGUCCAUAUCCUUGGUCAAGGAUUAGGAGCCCAUGUCGCAGCGGAAACAGGCAAAUUAUCGAAAGCGAAAAUUGGCCGAAUUACUGGUCUCGAUCCUGCUGGUCCUCUUUUUGAAGCAUCCUCGUUCGGGAUUAAUAAAGGAUCUGCUCAGUUUGUGGAUGUCAUUCACACGGAUUCAAGGCCAAAUGGUUAUGGAAUUCGAAAGCCAUGUGGUCAUAUGGAUGUAUAUGUUAAUGGCGGAAGGAGACAACCAGGAUGUACCUAUAAUCCAAAGAGCCCUGUAAACAUCCAUGACCUUAAAAAGGCGACAAUCUACAAAGCCUGUGGUCACCUGAAGGCAAUUGGAUACUACAUCGAGACUAUAAAGGACAGCUGUAAGUUACGAGCCUGCGAAUGCACAUAUAAAAGAUUCCUUGCAUCGAAGUGUAGCAGGGACAAAUGUGUGUUCUGGGGUGAUGACGCGACAAAAACUGCCGCUGGGGCGUAUUAUGGCGUCACAGCUACGUCCUUUCCGUAUUGCAGAACGAAUGGAACGGAGUGAUGACUUAUCCAGCACACAGUUUUUUUUAAAAUCGAAUUUCUACUCUGCAAUCGAACUUUAACUCUUGUAUAUUUAUUUUUUGUAUGAUGUGCCUAUACAUCCUACAUUCGUUUGACUAUUUCCCUACGCUUCAAUAAAUUGUCUGCAUCCAA